CUUUAAGAUUCUUCAGCAAGCAACUCGUUAAAGCACACACAGAGAGAGGAUUAAAAAAAAAAAAAAAAAAAAAAGAAAUAAAUAAAAAAAGAAAGCGAGAUAGGGAAAGAGAGGAAGAGAGAGAGAGAAGGAAUGAGGUCGACGGCGAUGGAGUUUUUCGGUGACAUGGAGGAGCAGGGUUCGACAAUGGCCAUGGACGUUGAUGACGUGGAUCCCCUCGAGGUUCUCGGUGAGGGCGUUGUCUCCGAUAACAAGCUUGCCGAUGCCGACUUCUUCAACUCCUUCGAGGAUGAUUUCGACGAUUCCGACAUCAAUUGAAUCAUCAUCAACACCAUCUUCCUUCUUCUUCUUCAUCGUCCAAAUGGUCCAUUUAUCCACCGCCAAUCUACUUUCUUUUUUCUAGGGUUUAUUCCGUAAUUGUAAUCCCCAAAAAAAAAAAAAAAAAAAAAAAAACUUUGAAUAGAAUCGUAUGUUGAAAAGGAAACAGUAGAGAUUCUGUUAUUCCGCUUCAAUUCAAUUCGAUGAUUGGUUAUAUUUUUGAUGGAUGGUAAAA